CGUGUUAUCUCUAGUUUCGUCCGAAUUCUAGCUCCAGAGUUAGUAGAAAAUCAUUCCCCAGAACCGCGUGCACGUGAAGAAAUGACUCUUGAAGCGAUCAAGUACAAGCAGGGGCAGCUGCAGAUUCUGGAUCAACUCUUGCUGCCCGGCGAAUCCCGGUACAUCAGCAUCACCGGCGUGGAAGAUGGUUGGCGAUCCAUUAACAGCAUGCAGGUACGAGGAGCACCAGCGAUUGCCAUCGUUGGCUGCCUGUCGCUCGUGGUAGAAAUCUACGGCAAACAGUACGACAACAAAGAGGAACUGCACGCGGAACUCCGCAAACGGUUAGAGUACCUCGUUACCUCACGACCCACGGCCGUUAAUCUGAAACUGGCCGCAGAUGAUGUGCUCUCGCAAGCGGACAACUUACUCAACGAGAAGACGAUCGAUGCUGAUGCGAUGAAGAAAAGCAUUAUCGAAUCGAUCGAGCAGAUGCUGGAAAAGGACAUCAAAGACAAUCGGGCCAUCGGUGAUAAUGGAGCAAACGUUUUGCUGAAAGGCAUCGAUCGGCCGCUGAAACUCUUAACCCACUGUAAUACUGGAUCAUUGGCCACUGCUGGCUACGGUACGGCUCUGGGUGUGAUUAGAAGCGUACACGAGAGGAAUCUCUUAGAACACGUUUACUGCACCGAAACUCGCCCCUACAACCAAGGAGCACGCUUGACGGCAUAUGAGCUGGUUCACGAUCAAUUACCGGCCACCUUGGUAACGGAUAGCAUGGUCGCGGCACUGUUGCAUACGAGAAAAAUCGAUGGGAUCAUCGUCGGAGCGGAUCGUGUUGCGGCGAAUGGUGACACGGCGAACAAGAUCGGUACCUACCAGAUAGCGGUCGUGGCCAAACACCAUCAGGUACCGUUCUACGUUGCGGCACCCUUCACAUCGAUCGAUUUCGACAUCGAGGAUGGAUCGCGUAUCCGUAUCGAGGAGCGCCCGGAGAAAGAACUAACCCAUCUGGGAGGGCAACGGAUUGCGGCUGAGGGAAUCAGCUGCUGGAAUCCGGCAUUCGAUGUUACGCCAGCCGAUCUGAUUACGGGUAUCAUCACUGAGAGUGGCGUGUUUAAACCAAGUGAACUAGCUAAGCAAAACAAAGCGAAAUAAGUGUUUCAUAUGAGACUUGAAGUUUAUUAAUCAACAACCGGAACCAAUCAAUAAAAUAUAUGCUAAUGUCUGUUGAAUUCUGAUAAUAGACAACUGUUGUAA